AUGGCGAUGGCCAGUCAACAUGAAGCAGUUGCCGCUCUGGACAUCGAUGACUCAAAGAGGAGCGUCCAGACAAUCGGACACGAAGGGAUUCUCACAACAGAACAAAAGUGUAAAAUGGAGACUUUAACCACAACCAAAGCUGCUCACAGUCCUCUGAAGAGUCCAGGAUUCAGGCAGAAGGGCAUCAGGAGGGAGCAGUUGGAGAAACAUAUUACCCAGAUGAUUAGGGAGAAGUUUCAAGCUGAACUAACCCCACCAGAACCUGAAGUGGACUAUAGCUCUACAACUCAGAGGGAUUUCUGUGUCUCAGGAUUUGUUCCCAGCAGACCAAAGUCGAAGCAUAUGCACGAUUACAAAUUUGAGCAGGCCAUAACAUUUUGGAGUGAAAACUGCCAGAAGAUACAGGCCGGCAGCAUCUCCAUGUGGACCGGCACCACGUUGGGGAACGUAGCACACAGGCUACAGAUUCAUACUCAACGCGCCGAUCAGAGAACGAUUCCCAGCUCUGCUGAUCCUUUCUGA